UGACAGACAGUCAAAAAGAAAAAGUUAAGUAAGGAACAUAGAUUAUAUCAAGUUAAUAUUAUUAUAUUCCAGUUACAGAAAUCAUUGGUCACUGUCAUUGGUCAUAUACAACCAUGAAUACUGUAUCUGAGAAGCCCCCAGAUGGUGUCACUUAAUCUCUGAAUCCACAUGAGAUGAUGUUUGUCCUAAUGACCAUACCACUAUACAGUAUGUAGGCCUACUCUAGAUUUCAGGACAUCACAGCCCUAACUGGCCUUCCAAACAGGUCAGAGCUGUGACCUGUUUGGAAGGCCGGUUAGGGCCGAUUAAGUUUAUAUUCAAUAAACAGAGAAUUAAGACAUUUUUUUAAAAGCAAAAAUGACAAAUAAUUGUCUGAUUCCAGCUUCUCUAAUGUGAAUAUUUGCUUCUUGCUAAGACAUCAUAGUGAACAUCUUUGGAUUUGGGCUGUUGGUCAGGAAAAACAUUUUGGCAUUUGAAUAAGUCAUAUGAUUGUUAUUUUAUGACCAAAAAUGUAUCAAUUAACCAAAAAAUCGCUACAGCCCUAAAACAGCUGUAAAACUAAACACAACAUAGAGACAACACCACAGAGGACUUCUCAAAUAGCUUUGUUAUUCUAUCAUAAUUCAUUUAAGUAGCAGCAAUGGAUAAAUGAAUGUAUAGAUUGUUUAAACAAACAACAAAUGAUGCAAAAUCAAUUACAUAUAAUCUUUAGGACAUUUCACAGUAUCAUACUGGAUGGCCAUUACCUUGCACGACUUAACAGAAAAAUGUUGAUUUGGCCUCAUUACAUGAGAGAAGGAGGUCAUAUGUUUGUAAAAGCCUAUAGUUUUCUGUUCACAUAUACUAGGCUAGUGUUGCUGGUCUAUAUACAAAGUAUAUGCAACAUACGCAGGAGAAAAGCUGAGUCAUGCAUAAUAAUCAAUUUGACUGCCAAAUCAAACCUCCUGCAAGCCCUGGGUCAUUUGCAUCACCGAAGCCAGACCACAUUAUUGUGAAAUUUGGACGGUUCGGUGAUGUUUCUGUUGACCAUCAAGACAACAAAAAGGACACUGCCUUAAAGCCAUGACAGUCAGUGUGUGUUUAAGCCCGGUCUGAGGUGUGUGCACAGUGAAGAAGUCUGGGAAACACCUUGUUUAUCUUCACUUUAAGGUGGGGCGUUUCUCUACAGGUGCGCUUGCCUCAGCUCAGGUACACAGGAUGAAGCAUCCUCCCGUUAUACUACGCUGCAAGACGCUGUGAUGUCCCAGCAUGGACCCGAUAAAGUGCAUAGGCGGCUGUGUGCCUUUAUUCAUCCUCGCCGUCGUUUUUGACGUCCUCGGCCUGAUUCUGCUUUUCAUCGGGAUAUUCGCCAACCUGCGCAUCGACGGCCGCUUCUACGGCGACUUUCUUAUCUACACCGGCGCCCUGAUCACGUUCUUCAGCCUGGGCCUCUGGCUCAUGUGGUACGUGGGGAACGUCCAGGUGUCCGAGGACGACGGCUGUGGUAAGAAGAGGAACAGCGUGGUCGUGAUGUUGGCGAGAAAAAUAUCCGAGAGGCUGAGCCAGAAACUGAAAGGGGUGGAAGACGUGAACAGCGCCGUGGAUAACAGGUGCAGCCAGGUGGGAUCACCUCCACACAAAGCCAGCAGGGUGACAUGGGGCAAAUCCGCUGUCUACAACAAUGAAGGGUAUGAUGACUCUCUGGACUACAAUACUGCGGGGAAAGAAAAAGAAAUAAACCAGGAGAUCUGACCUGAUUGACAUAAAAUACUCAGUUUGUGAAGGAUGCUUCUUCAUGGGAGCAUUUUCAUUCAGACUGUUAUUAGGCAAGACUGUAGCCAAGAUUUCAGAAACACUGAGAUUCAAAGCCCCUCAGUGUCCCCCACACACCCUCAGAAAAGUUUGUCUUGACACUGAAAAGAAGGUCUCUCUCUCUCUAUAUAUAUAUAUAUAUAUAUUUUUAUUUUUUUAUUUUUUUAUUUUGUUUGUUUUUAUAAUACUUUAUUUUACAGGUCCAUCAUUUCCUAACAGUUCCCUAUGAAGUUUCUUGCAAAGGACAUGGUAUUGGAAAGAUACAUGUGAAAUGUGUGAAACUGAUCGACAGACAAGAAUGAAGGGUUUAGUUUCCAUUAACAAAAGAAUAACGACUGAAUAAUAAUAAUAAUAAUGCUAAUGGACUCAUGGACCCGUGCAAUAAUACAUUCCAGUUUUUUUUUUUUUCAUUUAACUGUUCAGUUUGUAUUUUAUGUGUAUUUUUAUAUCCAAACAUCAAAUCCUAAAUGCUAUUUCAAAGCUUUCUCCAUACUGCCAGGUGAAGCUAGAUUACCAACCAGGUUACCAAAGUAGGCAGCUGCCAGGGGCCCAAGACCCUCAGAGGCCCCAGAGUGUCAGCGGUUCAGCAUGUGGCUGUUAGUUUGUGGUAAUUUCAUUUAUUCAAAAUGUGUUUGUUAAAACUCAACCACUCAAGCAUGUUAUAAACUGAAAUGAUGAGAGCCUAAUGACUUGAGUGAAUGAGUCUUGUUAGAGGGGCCAUGAGUUUGAAUUCACUUUUAGGGCCUUUAUUAUAUCAGUUUGUAUUGUGCUUGUAUGGUGCAUUUCUCUAAAUUGAAUCCUGCUUAAUCAAGUUAAGGUAAACUGAUUUCUACAGACAAACUAAUGUACAGAGAAUGGGAGAAACACAGGGUCCCACAGCUGAGUGGGCCCCCAUUAGAUUAGUACAACCUAUAAUAUAUAUAUAUUCAAAAUACUAAAAUCUGCCCAUAAAAUCUUUAGUUUUUUAUUUGAAUUGAAAUUGAAUUGAAAUUUAGCUCAGUAGUAAAACACAGAAAAUUUGAUGUCAGUCUCCUGAGACACUGGUUCUGAACCAGAUUAUUGUCUCUGAACCUUCCUCCAUUAUUUCAACUUUAUUUAUUUUAUUUUCACAAAUGCUUUGUCAUAUCUUAAGUGGUAACUGCUAGCAGUCAGGCCAUGUUUGUUCUUUAAUUUACUGUCAAACAUACACACUGGUCAGACUGGUUUGUCCCAGUGGUGUGGUGUGGUGUUGGUUAAACAAGCCUGAAAAUCCUCAACAGAGUGUGACAUGGGAAACUGUGUAAGAUACUGUAUAUAUCUACCAAAUCUCUAUAAUAACAUUGUGGGGAUAGUAGCUGCAGAGUUUGAUCCUCAGAUUUGAAUGACAACAUUGUCAUACCUCAUGCAAAGGGCCUCUCACAGACAGAGAGUCGGCAUGACACUGUCAUCAUACUCAUGACAGCGUUCCAGUAAAUAAAGCAUCAUUCCUCUCUUUGUGUGUUAGGCAGGGCAGUAAGUCAAAGCUGCAGAGCAGAGACAAAUAGUGGCGGCUUGACUGGUCAAACAAGGUCCUCACAGAGAAGUUUCCAUUACGCGCAUUUCCUCUUUGUGACAGUCACUUCACAAUAGACCUUUAUCGUCAUUGUAGUGAAGCAUGAAUUAUGGCUUAUUAAAUAUUUAAGAAAGGCUUGAAUGUAGUGUAUCAACCCCGAGCUGCUCCCAAUAUUUAAAGGGUAAAUACACUUCCUGGGGUAAAUCUGUGAAGUCAGUGGGAGUGAAGUCAAGAGGAGGCUUUGAACGAUCUGAUAAAAGAUGCAGCACACUGAUGCAAUUUCAUUAGCUGAACAAAAAGAACUAGGGAGGGGGGUGGAGGUGGAAGGGGGCAAUUAAUUAUGGCAGGCUUAUCACUGUGUAAACAUGAGCUCAAUGGCGACUGAUUGCGAAAUGAAUGUGCAUAAAUCUGUCACGCAGGUUACAGACAAUGGGUUGAUGUGAAAGGUGUAAAAACAAGUCGGUCCUGCAAAGGAAUGAAGAUGGACUGUGGGGUUUUCUCAGCUGCUGUUAAUGAGCAGAACAACCUGUUGUUGUGGUUGGAUACCAGUCUUGCCACUAAGUCUUGUGCAAUGAAAGAAAUGUAAGGCGUGCUGCCACUGAAAGAGAAUGAUGCAGAAGACAGUAAAGCACUUUUCUGGAGAGACUCGCUCUUUCUUCUGUCAGACCCUCACAAGACGUGUGUGCCUCACCCGGCC